AUGACACAGAGCGUCGGACUCAAUGGGGAACAAAUUGAUAUGCUUCGUCCUUUAUUCACAAAGCACACAAAAGGUAUAGAAUUCAUUUCCAAGAAUGAAAUCGUAAAUAUAGGACAAAGAAUUGGCGUGGAUAAUUUUUCAGAUUUUGAUUACGAUAGAGAUGUGACUAUCGCUCGAAAAUUAGAAGAUUUCUUGGUAUUUUUGGCCAAUAAUGACAAGAUAACUGACACCUUUACACGAAAUUUAUCAUCCUUCGAAGUAAGACUUUACGUGGGCAUGUUUAGAGAAAAAGACCAAAGGGGUGAUGGUCUACUUACCUACACAGAAGUAUUAGAAGUUAUUAAGCCUUUACAUCUAGACAAAUGGACUAAUAGAAUUUGUCUUGUCCGUUCCGUCAAUCAAUGUACAAUAGACGGAUUUAAAAAAGAUGAAAAAACUAACGCCUUGGAGUUCUUAUACCGCAUGUGGGCAAUAAAACCAGAAGGUAAAGGUUUAGACAGAAGUCAAGUUCAGGAAGCGAGCGAUUUACAAAAGCAUCACAAAAAUAUAUAUCACGAUCAAAUUGUCCCUGAGGCAAUAACACUGUUUUUGAAAAGGGCAUCUAUAGUUAAAGAGGACUACGAAGGCAAACUUGCUUUUGGUUCUAAACGAAAGUCUUUCUUGGAGUUGCAAGAGCUGUUAGUAGUUUCUGCAGAACACAAAAACAAUACCAAAAUUAAACCAGUAUAUUCUACCUGUUCGGUUAGAUAUGUUAUAUGGGAUUUCUUCCAGCGAGACACUGACAAAGAUGGUACACUCAAUAAAGAUGAAGUUUUAAGAUUGGUGAUAUGUUACAUGGACGCCUGGAACAAAGAAAACAGAAAUAUUGACACUUUUAUGCUGGCACACGAUUCCAAUAGAGACGGACACUUGGACAUCGCGGAGUUCUUCAAGGCGCUAUUUCAGGAGAAUAUAUCUCUAUCAAAGUGUGAAAUAAAAUAAAGUAUGAUUAACCCUGA